AUGGCAACAACUACCGCAAAAAAACCAUGUGCUAAAUGUAGCAAUGGUAGUGCAGUAACUACAUGUGAUGGAUGCCAACAAUCAUUUUGUACGAAACAUUUCGUUGAACAUCGCCAUGAACUUUCUCAACAGAUGAACAAUAUUAGUCAAGAACAUGUUUUAAUUCGACGAGAUCUAUCAAAAGAAAUUCCGAAGCAUCCAUUUUUUAAUCGCAUCGAUACAUGGGAACGAGAAUCGAUAAAUAAAAUUCAAGCAGCAGCCGAAACAGCUCGCGUCGAUCUUCGACAUUUGCUUGAUCGAACGAAGAAUGAUCUAAACCUAUCAGUAGAAAAAUUAACAACUGAACUUAAUUCAUGUCAACAAUCGGAUGAUUUUACAGAAAAUGAUCUUAAACGAUGGACUGAACAAUUAAAAGAAUUACGUAAAAAUCUUGAGAUUCCAUCGGCGAUUUCCAUUGUUAAUGAAGAUGAUAUUAAAUCAUCUAUUCGUCUAAUUCGAGUUUAUGACAAACAACAGAAGCAGCAAGUAAUUCAACGUCCUUUUACGCCUGCAAUUCGACCAGUAGAAAAUCGUAUGCACAAUAUUAAAGAUCAGAUUUGUAUCAAUAAUGAAAAAUUUGGAGAACUAGAUGGAAAAGCCAAUAUAUCUGAAGAUAAGCUUGUUGUUACUUGUUGUUUAGCAUCGAUCUUGACACAACCAAUCGUUUAUGGUACUAAUCGAUAUUCAACAGGAAAACAUCAAGUUCGUUUUCGAAUCGAGAAAAUGGGAGAUUUACGAUUACUUUUUGGAAUUAUUCGUUCUCUAGAAAAUAUCAGUAGGUCAGGUCAAUCUCAGAAUAAUAACAAUUCACUUUAUGGUUGGUGGGAUCUUAAUGAAGCGAUCAUCAAUGGUAAGGUGCAAACAACAAAAUAUAGAAAUAUCAUGACAACUGGUGAUGAACUUACAUUGACAUUAGAUUGCGAUAAUAAACAAAUUCAAUUGCAACAUCAUCGAACGAAAAGACUAGCGCAAGUUGUAAUCGAUCUGAAUAAGUGUCCCUUUCCGUGGAAAAUAGUCAUUCGACUUCAAUCUGCCGGUGAUUGUGUACGUAUUCUUCAGUAA